AUGAAAUCUUACACUCACACCAUCGAAUCAGAUAAAAUCAAAAAGGGAAGUUAUCUUCUCAUCAAUGGAAAUCCUUGCAAAAUAUUGACUUGUUUUUUUCAAAAAACAGGAAGACACGGAACCAAAAAAGCAUAUUUAUGCGGAGUUGAUAUUUUCACUGGAGAUACAUAUGAAACAAUUCAAUUAGCAAAAACAACACAGUAUGUGCCGGUUGUGGAGAAGAAAAAUUAUAAAUUUGAAAGUUUAUAUUCGGAGGAGGAAUGGCAUUACGUGAAAGUUUCGAAUAAUGAAGGAGAAAUUGUGGAAUUUAUGGUGAAGAAUGAUAAAAUUGUGGAAAUAUUAAUGACUGGCUGUGAAUCGAAUAUGGAAUUUUAUGUAAAUACUAUUUGUGGUAUGGGAAUUGAAGAGGUGACGAGUGUGGAAACUAGACUAAUCUCACAAGAAUCUCAACAAAUUCAACCUAAUGAAUAA